AUGGCUGAAAGAAAUGACACUUUAGUAUCUGAGUUCAUUCUCCAUGGUUUCACACACCAUCAGGAGCUGCAGAUGUUAUGCUUUAUACUGUUCCUAGCCAUCUAUGUGGCCACUGUGCUGGGGAAUCUCGGCAUGAUUAUGUUAAUCAGAACUGAUUCCCAACUCCAGACUCCCAUGUACUUCUUCCUCAGCCACUUAUCUCUCCUGGACUUGUGCUUUUCCUCCACUGUCAUUCCCCAAACCCUGCUGACAUUCUUAGCCAAGAGGAAAGCCAUUUCCUUCACACGGUGUGCAGCUCAACUCUUUUUCUUUGCUACCUGUGCCACAACUGAAUGCUACUUGCUGGCUGCCAUGGCCUAUGAUCGUUAUAUGGCAAUCUGUGACCCUCUGCUUUACAGGGUGACCAUGUCCCAAAGAGUUUGUGUUGUGAUGGUGGUCAGUGCAUACAUAGCUGGUGCAGUCAGCUCAACCAUCCACACUGUUUCCAUAUUUCGGCUGCCCUUUUGCCAUUCCAAUAAGAUCAAUCAUUUUUUCUGCGAUGGGCCGCCCCUCCUAGCACUCUCCUGCUCAGACACCUAUGUCAAUGAAAUGGCACUUUUUGCUGUGGUUGGGUUCAAUGUGGUAAGCACCACAGUUGUCAUCCUAGCAUCCUACGUCUCCAUCCUAGCCACCAUCUUGAGGAUCCGUUCCACUGAAAGCAAAUACAAAGCCUUUUCCACCUGUGUGUCUCACCUGACAACUGUCUCCUUGUUCUAUGGCAGCUCCCUUUUCAUGUACUUACGUCCUACUUACAGAUACUCACUGGAUCAUGACAAAGUAGUCUCAGUGUUUUAUUCAGUUACGACCCCUGUGCUAAACCCUCUCAUCUACAGCCUGAGGAACAAGGAGGUGAAGAAUGCUUGGAAGAAAGCAACAAGGCAAUUCCUUUCAUCAAAGGUAAAAGAUAAUUGUAGUUAG